AUGAAGAGUCGGUGUCCCAGAAAGGAAACAGAGGAGGAAAGACCUCAUACAAAGUUGCAGCCCUCCGUUUAUCUAGGCGCUCUGCCCCAGCGCCUACCGCUCAGGCCUGAAGGACAGCGCGCUCAACGGGCGGAAGCGCGCCGACUGCAGUUCCCGACGCGCCCGGCAGCGCUGGGGGCGCCCUCGUCCCGCAGUUGGCCGCCCCUCCCGCUCGCAGAUCGGAAGCUCUCGGGGAAGGGAAGGUCUCCUGGCGCCAGCUCAACCAGUUGGUGCGAGAAGCUGUCAGGCAUUUGCUUCCGGACGCCUAGACUACAGCCGGGAUCGUCCCGGUGGCUGGCUGAGUCUGCGUGUUUGUGUCUGUCCCGGAGACCGUGCCCAGGCCCGCCGCUGGCACAGCGCGCGGAGGUCGUUGCUCAGGGGCUCGGCUUCCGGGCAGCUCCGGACAUUCGCCUGGGCGCGGGCGUUGGAGGGGACAACAGAGAGUGA